CGCAAAAUGUGUCCUCACAUCCUGUUUUUCACUUCCUCCUCAAUGGUCGUGAAUGAACCAGUUUCGGACGGUCUGUAUGCGCAUGGAAUAUACCACAGCACAUUGUCAAUAUUGCACACGCGCCCUUUCUGUGGACACUUUACAGGCCACAUAAAUUGUAGAAGACAUUUGUGCGCGGUGAAAUUCUGAAUCCGUAUUUUUCCCGCAAUAUGAGUGAUUUCUGAUAGCAAGAGGCCAGAGGGUUCUGUGGGACCUUUAAACACUUCUGACAGGAUGGAGAAGAAAGACGUGAAGAUCAUCAACCAGGGCCUGGAGGACGAGAUGGAGGUGUGGGGUUACCGGCCGUGCCCCUGGAAGAUGGUUCUGGUGGCCGUUGGGGCGGUGUGCACCGGGGGGCUGCUGUUUCUGGUGCUCUACUGGCUGCCUGAGUGGGGAGUGAGAGGGACCUGCACACGGACCCCCUUCAUCAGGGAGUCCCAGACACUGCUGCUAAGAUCCACGGAUGAGUUUAGGAGAUGGUUCCGGGCCAAGGUACAUGUGAUGCUAGCCCCUGGAAAGAGACCCUUUGACGGUGUCGAUCUCCUAAGCCCUCUGCACAUACCUAAUGGGGACAGUAUACACUCCUUCAGUGCCCUCCAAGAUGAACUUCAGGGAAAAUACAUCCAUAUCCAGCCAGUUCAGGUUUGCUACUUCACCCACCACAGCACAAAAUACUACUGGAAUGAUCUGCUUCAGAAUUUUGAAGUGUUUAAAGGUUUGGAGGAUGUCAGGGUGACUUGUUCCAGCAUCCACACUGACCACAGCUCUGGUCUCAGCAAACUACUUCAGGACUACAGGAGACUGUUCUUUGAAGUGAAUGAGAUAGCAGUUAAGGUGCCAUCUGUGUUCAAGCUACUCAUAAAAGAGGUCCUGAAUCCGUUCUACAUAUUCCAGCUCUUCAGCGUGAUUCUGUGGAGCAUUGAACAGUAUUACUACUACGCCGCUGCCAUAGUCUUCAUGUCUGUCAUAUCCAUCGCUACCUCGCUGUACACCGUCAAGAAGCAAUACAUCAUGCUGCAUGACAUGGUGGCGACACACAGUAUUGUACGUGUCUCAGUGUGCAGAGGGACUCUAGAUGUCGAGGAGGCCAUGUCCACAGAGCUGGUCCCCGGUGAUGUCAUCGUCAUCCCGUCCAAUGGAAUGAUCAUGCCCUGUGACGCCGUGCUGGUUCAUGGAAACUGCAUCGUCAACGAGAGCAUGCUGACAGGUGAGAGUGUGCCUGUCACCAAGACCAGCCUACCCAGCUCAGGAGAAGAUGGGGCUGGCGUCUAUAGCAUAGAGGAACACAAGAGACACACGCUGUUCUGUGGCACUCACAUUAUUCAGACCCGCUUCUACUCCGGGGAACUGGUCAAGGCCGUGGUGGUCAGGACUGGUUUCAGCACAGAGAAGGGCCAGCUGGUGCGCUCCAUCCUGUACCCCAAGCCCACUGACUUCAAGCUGUACAGAGAUGCCUAUCUCUUCCUGCUCUGUCUGGUGGGAGUGGCCGGCAUUGGCUUCAUCUACACCAUCGUCCUCAGCAUCAUAAACCAGGUUCCAGCCAAAACCAUAGUGGUUGAAUCUCUGGACAUUAUCACCAUCACGGUGCCCCCGGCGCUGCCUGCAGCCAUGACAGCUGGCAUCGUCUAUGCCCAGCGCCGGCUGAAACGUGUGGGUAUCUUCUGCAUCAGCCCCCAGAGGAUCAACAUCUGUGGCCAACUCAACCUCGUCUGCUUCGACAAGACUGGUACUCUCACUGAAGAUGGUUUGGACCUUUGGGGGAUCCAGAGAGUUGAAAAUGGCAGUUUCUCUCCCCCAGAGGAUGACCCAGCCAAUAAGACACUAGUCAGGUCCUCGUUUGUGUCUUGCAUGGCCACCUGCCACUCUCUGACCAAGCUAGAGGGAGAACUCUCCGGAGACCCAAUGGACCUCAAGAUGUUCAACGCUACAGGCUGGAUUCUAGAGGAGCCAACAGAGGAAGAAACAGCCCUCCACAAUCCCAUAAUGCCCACCGUGGUGCGGCCACCCAAACAGGUGCUCCCAGAGGUCAACCAGGAAGUCAAUCUAGCACAGAACAUGGAGCUGUCUGAGCUGACGUUGUCCUAUGAGAUUGGGAUCGUCCGCCAGUUUCCUUUCUCGUCGGCUCUACAGAGGAUGAGUGUGGUGGUCCGGAAGCUGGGCGAGAAGCGCAUGGACGCCUACCUCAAGGGGGCGCCAGAGGUUGUGGCCAGCCUCUGCGCAGAGGACACAAUACCAGAGAGCUUCACAGAGACCUUGGAGUUUUACACCAGGCAGGGGUUCAGAGUCAUAGCCUUGGCCCAUCGCCAGCUGGAGGCCAAACUCUCCUGGCACAAGGUCCAGAACCUCAACAGAGAUCUCAUAGAGACCAAUAUGGAGUUCCUUGGGCUCAUAAUCAUGCAAAACAAGCUAAAGGAAGAGACUUCUGGGGUUUUAAAAGACCUGCGACGUGCAAACAUCCGCACUGUGAUGGUUACAGGCGAUAAUAUGCUAACCGCUAUAUCAGUAGCCAGAGACUGUGGGAUGAUAACCCCUCAUGAGAGGGUCAUCGUAGCAGACGCCACACCUCCCAAAGACAUCCAGCCUGCUACGAUCAAUUGGCACUACACAGAGAACCACGCCACCAGCAAAGACAACCGUGUUGAGUCAGUGGAAAUCAGCCUUGACGAUGUGGGCCAUGAGGCUUAUGGUGAGCAGCACAAGCAGGGCUACCACUUUGCCAUGAGUGGCAGGUCCUUUGCUGUCAUCACCGAACACUUCCCUGACCUAGUCCAAAAGCUGGCACUGCAUGCCACAAUUUUCGCCCGCAUGGCUCCUGACCAGAAGACUCAGCUGGUAGAGGUUCUACAGAGUGUGGACUAUACUGUAGGGAUGUGUGGUGAUGGUGCCAAUGACUGUGGCGCCCUAAAGAGAGCUCACAGUGGGAUCUCUCUGUCAGAGCUGGAGGCCUCGGUCGCCUCCCCCUUCACCUCCUCCACCGCCAACAUCUCCUGUGUGCCCAACCUCAUUAGAGAGGGGAGAGCUGCUCUCAUCACCUCCUUCUGUGUGUUCAAGUUCAUGGCCCUGUACAGCAUCAUCCAGUACCUCAGUGUCACGCUCCUCUACUCUAUCCUCAGCAACCUGGGAGACUUCCAGUUCCUCUUCAUUGACGUUGCUAUCAUUCUGAUCAUUGCCUUCACAAUGAGUCUGAACCCGGCGUGGAAGGUUCUGGUGGCGCAGCGCCCCCCGUCCAGUCUAAUCUCAGGCCCUCUGCUGUUCUCCGUGCUGACCCAGAUCCUCACCUGUCUGGCCUUCCAGAUCCUGGCCUUCCUCUGGGUCCGGGGCCAGAACUGGUACGAGAAAUGGACGCCCCUCUCAGAUGCCUGUAAUGUUUCCAGUACCAAUCUCACCCAUGGUCCCAACAUAACGUCACAUGUCGACCACAAGAACAUCAGGAACUAUGAGAACACUACACUCUUCUACGUCUCCUCCUUCCAGUACCUGGCAGUGGCCAUCAUCUUCUCCAAGGGAAAACCUUUCAGGCAGCCAAGCUAUAAAAACUGGCCGUUCAUGCUAUCCUGUAUGGCUCUGUACAUAUUCCUCUUCAUGAUCAUGCUGUAUCCUGUUCCUGCCAUCGACAAUUUCCUGGAGAUUGUGUGUGUUCCCCAUGAAUGGCGCAUAACAGUGGUCAUCAUUGUCCUAGUGAACGCUGCUGUGUCUUUCCUAUUGGAGACUUUGGUCCUUGACAUCAUCUUAUGGAAGCUGGUGUUCAGUCGAGACAAGCAGGGGGGCAGCAAUGGCAUGGCCGUCACCUCCGCUACUCUCACACCUCAGUCUGCUAAUGAGCGUUGGUGCACGGCGUUCCUCUCCUGGCUGUUCUGUCGGAAGGGGAAGACCCCGAGAGUGCGCUACAUGCAAGUCGCCCAGGAGCUGCAGGAGGACCCCGACUGGCCCCCCAAACCUGCUACCGUCACCUACACCACCAGCACCCCCCACCACACUGUCAGCAUGUGACACCAAAAAAUAUAUUUAACCAGGCAUGUCAGUUAAUAAAAAAUUCUUAUUUACAAUGACUGCCUACCCCGGCCAAACCCUCCCCUAACCCGGACGACGCUGGGCCAAUUGUGCGCCGCCCUAUGGUACUCCUGAUCAUGGCCAGUUGUGAUACAGUCUGGGAUCGAACCAGGGUCUCCAGUGAUGCCACUAGCCCUGAGAUGCAGUGUCUUAGACCACUGUGCAACUCGGGAGGCAUACAGUACCCAGUCUAGGACCUUCCAUUCCCCGGACCAGGUUUAUAACCAGUAUCAAGUAUAGUACCUUCCUUUGCCUGGACAAGUAGGGUUGUGAUGAUACCAGUAUAGCAAUAUUUUUUCCAUGGCAAAAAUGAAAACAUGAAGCAGACCAAACUCUUAGGUAUUUAAAAAACCUGCUGUAAGUAAAAUAUUGUCUGAAAUAGGCAGGUUGGUUGUUGAGUAACAAAACGGACGUGUGCGUAACUAUGAGGAAAAACAGAUGGGUUGGCUUAGAUUGUUGACAACAUGUCAACUAUAUUUAUUCUCCAAUGUUUAUUGAAAACCAAAAGCCAUUUGCACAAUGAGCACUUGUCUCUCAAAUACAUUGUAACAGUUGUUAGCUAGCUAGCGAAUUUGAGCCAUAUUAGCAUUGACAUGAAAUCAGUCAAAACACCUCAAAACAAGACAUGGUAUCAAGAAGAUGAAACUAGCUGAAAUGAGUCACUUGCGAUUCCCCACAUGGCAGUUUAUUGUAAUUGUUGGUAUCUAUCUAGCCAUCCAGAAUCACAACAACGCAGACUUCUGCCCCAUUUGAUGUGUGUGCAUCGUUUUCGUGACAUUGCCAGCUAACCCAUCUAUAGCUAGGAAAAUAAAUACAUGUGACUUCAACAUAAGGGCUGUUUUCCUAAAGAAGUUAAAUCUGCUUCGUUUUUCCUAUCCAAGAUAAUACCAAGUAUCGCAAUACUGAUAUCGUCCCGUCCCUAGUUUAUAACCAAUAUCGAGUCUAGAACCUUCCAUUGCCUGGACAACUGACCUGGUUUAUAACCAAUAUUGAGUCUAGAGCCUUCCAUUGCCUGGACAACUGACCUGGUUUAUAACCAAUAUCGAGUCUAGAGCCUUCCAUUGCCUGGACAACUGACCUGGUUUAUAACCAAUAUCGAGUCUAGAACCUUCCAUUGCCUGGACAACUGACUGGUUUAUAACCAAUAUCGAGUCUAGAACCUUCCAUUGCCUGGACAACUGACUGGUUUAUAACCAAUAUCGAGUCUAGAACCUUCCAUUGCCUGGACAACUAGCCCCAUAUCCAGGACUAAACAAAAAUAAUCAUGUGAAAUCACAUCAUGAGCUUGCAAUCAGACUGUGAUCCUGUCAACUUCUUGACCAUAACUAGACCUUAACUGCUCCGUCCUUACCCAUAACCCCCAAACCACACAUAGAACCCCAGCAAUGUGACUACUGACACGUUGCCCCAUACUGGGCACUUAUCACCUUCUUUUUGCUAUUAGUUUAGCCUUGGUGUCGAGGCCCAGAGAUUAUGUCUUUCCAAUACAGGGCUUGCCUUGCACUCACCACUGGUUGAUUUUUCAGCUUCACAAAGACUAAGAACUAUGGAAUCGUCCACUAACACUUUCUCACCUGCCUUGAUUGCUGCUCCAACGAAAUGUCAAGAGUUAAAGAGAACAUGUGUGAACAGGACCGUACUGAGGGAAAUGGAGGGAUUAAAACCAUUUUUUUUAUCAACACACCCAGAUUAUGCAUUUUGAAAGCACUGUGUGUGUGUUUUAAGCGUGAGUGGUACUACUGUAUUUGCCAAGAUUGAAUAACAUUCCAAUGCACCAAUAAUAUAUUGCUGUGUUUCUCUGAGAAUUUGCUACGCUUUAUGAAUGUAAUUCUUCCUGUGGAAGUAUGUGAGUGUCCGUGACUCUUGUGAAACCUGAACGCUUGAGUUGAUCUGAUGCCUGUGUGUUUGUGCGUGUGUGUGCAGGGUUUUUUCUGCAUAGAAAAGUCUUGGGCAAGACUUAAUAAAGAAUUAUUGGGAUGGGAAAACAUUUUCAGUGUAAACUUAAAUGACUUAAACCAGAUAUAUAUAUAUAUAUAUAUAUAUAUAUAUAUAUAUAUAAAAAUAUGAUGAUCUUUGAGAACUAACAAUCACCCUAAAUAAAAUCUAGCCCGUUAGGGAGAAUCAAAAAUUCGAAAAAUUAUGCAUUCAGUAUUUUUGUAAUGUCAUGGGGCCCCCAAUGAUUUUGUUAUGUUUGAGUCACUCUGAUAGCAUAACAACGCAUAAACCAUGGCAAAAUGUGUAGAUUUGAUGAAAAUGUAUAUUGAAAAUUCUUCUUCUCUCACAUCAUGACAAAUGUGUAGAAUUGCAGGACAUUUUUUUCUGCGGCCAAGAGGGCCUCUAAAAUGUUCAGUCGGCAACCGCACUAUUCACCACGCCCCCGUCACAGCCAGGAUCCUAACCCUAAUUUUGAUCCAGAAAAAAACCUGGUGGGUGUGUGCACGUACACUCCUGUACGUAUUUAUUUGGACGCUGAAGCUAAAACAUUUUAAUUCAGCUCUAUACUUUAGCAUUUUGGUUUUAAGAUGAAAUGUUUCAUAUGAGGCGACAGUACAGCAAGUCACCUUUUAUUUUCAGGUAUUUUCAUAUAUAUCUUUUACCAUUUAGAAAUGAAAGCACUUUAUGAAUCUAGUCCUCCCAUUUUAAAGGCGUCAAAUACUUUAAUCUCUAAACGAUAAAACAGAUAUGUAUGAGAAUACCCUCAAAUAAAAAGGUGACAUUCUGUACCAUCUCCUCAUAUGAAACAAUUGAUCUGUAGAAUAGCGGACCGAGAGUAUCCAAGUGAGGUGACGGGUGGGAAUGAGGUGAUGUAACAUUUAUAAACCAUUGCACCUGACCUAAAUGCUGCUUUUAUUCAAGGGAAUUAUUUUGAAAAGAUUUUGAUUGUAUUUUAUAUUCUCUGAGAUUAACAGCUAAUUUUAAUAUCUGUUUUUUCAAUUUGUACAGUACAUGGUUUACAACUGAUGUAUUGCCUGUAUUGUCUAGUAUACACUACCGUUUAAAGGUUUGGGGUCACUUAGAAAUGUCCUUGUUUUUGAAAGAAAAGCACACAAAAAAUUCCAUUAAAAUAACAUCAAAUUGAUCAGAAUUACAGUGUAAACAUUGUAAAUGUUGUAAAUGACUAUUGUAGCUGGAAAAAGCUUUUAUCUUUUAUUUUUUAUAGAAUAUCUACAUAAGCGUACAGAAGCCCAUUAUCAACAACCAUCACUCCUGUGUUCCAAUGGCACGUUGUGGUAGCUAAUCCAAGUGUAUCAUUUUAAAGGCUAAUUGAUCAUUAGAAAAUCAUUUUGCAAUUAUGUUAGCACAGCUGAAAACGGCUGUGCUGGUUAAAGAAGCAAUAAAAAUGGCCUUCUUUAGACUAGUUGAGUAUCUGGAGCAUAAGCAUUUGUGGGUUCAAUUACAGGCUCAACAUGUCCAGAAACAAAGAACUUUCUUCUGAAACUCGUUAGUCUAUUCUUGUUCUGAGAACUAAAGGCUAUUACAUGUGAGAAAUUGCCAAUAAACUGAACAUCUUGUACAACACUGUGUACUACUCCCUUCACAGAACAGCGCAAACUGUCUCUAACCAGAAUAGAAAGAGGAGUGGGAGGCCCCGGUGCACAACUGCAAAAGAGGACAAGUACAUUAGAUAGACUAGUUUGAGAAACAGACGCCUCACAAGUCCUCAACUGGCAGCUUCAUUAAAUAGUACCAGCAAAACACCAGUCUCAACAUCAACAGUGAAGAGACGACUCCAGGAUGCUGGCCUUCAAGGCAGAGUUCCUCUGUCCAGUGUCUGUGUUUUUUUUGCCCAUCUUAAUCUUUUAUUUUUAUUAGCCAGUCUGGGAUAUGUCUUUUUCUUUGCAAUUCUGCCUAGAGGGCCAGCAUCCCGGGGUCGCCUCUUCACUGUUGACGUUGAGACUGGUGUUUUGCUGGUACUAUUUAAUGAAGCUACCAGCAUUAACAAUGUCUACACUGUAUUUCAUAUCAAUUUCAUGUUAUUUUUAUGGACAAAAAUGUGAUUUUAUUUAAAAAAACAAGGACAUUUCUAAGUGACCCUAAACUUCUGAACGGUAGUGAACAUCCAAGCUUGUUGAUAUUGACCUAAACAUUUGUCAACAAUUACUUUGAAUAUAUCUCUCUGUAAAGGUCUCACCAGAAGUAUUGAAGGGAUAGUUCAGUGAAAUUAAAUAGUUUGAUAUUUGUUUCCUUACCUUUUUAAAUGUCAUGCUCAAAUCAUCUGUUAAAUAUAAUUUAUUGUUCAACGACUUGGUUUGAAAUUAUUUUAAGAUGAUUUGGGCAUCAAUAAACGGGGGAGAUUGACUUCAUUGAUUUUUAGUCUGAAUAUGCUAAUAUUCGCCUUUGUUGGCAGUGGCUAGUUUAAGAAAGCCACAGUGUGGAUUGCAGUCUCUCCUUGUCCUUAUACAACUUUCAAGGUAAGAAAACAAAUCUAAGUAUGUCAUUUCACUGAACUAUCCUUUAAAUGCCUUACUGAUAGUCAGAACCACAAAAAAAGAAAGAAAAUGAAUUGUAACGAUUGUUUACUUUUAAUUACUUCCUUUCCAUUGUGAUACAACUCACAAAGAAUGUGUGAUUUGCUGAAAAUGUCUACAAUAAUAUUGAUAUUUUCUCUUGUGUUUGCUCUGUAGAGAGGAUUGCAUAAAUGCCUUCUUCCAUUCUGACAACUUAACUCAACCAUUCCAUUUGCCAAUAAAUCUGUAUAUUAAAACA